GGCUCGCAGUGCGCACGCGCUGUCUGGGUUUCUGACUCCUGCCCGGCUGCGGGUCGGUGAGAUGCCGGGCCGUGGGGUGCUCCCCGAGGACCAGGCCGCGCCGGGCCCCGCCGACAGCUCGACCCUACACAAGGAGGAUCUGUGCAGUAAGAUUAAAGAACAAAAAGUUGUUGUGGAUGAACUUUCUAACCUGAAGAAGAAUAGGACCGAGCAGAGAUGCUUUCUGAAAGCAAAAGUAAGUUGGGUUUGACUUGUCCUAUCUUGUAUCAUUCGGGGAACACUCCGCCCCUUGGCUGUGUAAGGUCCGUGAACUCUGCUCUCUAGCCCCACCAAAACAACCUCAGGUGGAAGUUGAAGUUCAGUAAAUCUAUAGCGGGCUAAUUUUUUUUUUUUAAAGAUU